AUGUCCCAGCUGCCCUCAAAGCGUCCCAGGGUCGACGGAUCGGACGAUGCAACAGAGCAUGAUGGCGAUGCAGCAGUGCGAAUACCCCCGGUCCAGCGCUCGGAGAAGUUUUGGAUAGAGGAUGGCAAUGUCAUUCUCCACGUCGAAGACACACAGUUUAGGGUUCACAGAUCCAUGUUGACGCGUCAUUCUACCAUAUUCAAGGAUGUAUUCUCCGUACCACCUCCGUCGUCCGAACAAGCUCGGGAUCCAGUGUUGGAAGGUUGUCCUGUCGUCAAGUUGUCGGAUAGAGCAGGCGACAUGGAGCAGAUUCUGUCUAUCUUCUACGAUAAUGCCAGUUUCCUGGAUCUUCGCGAAGACAUUCCCAUUGGCCGACUGGCUGCUAUGCUGCGUCUUGGAAAGAAGUACGACAUUGCGUACCUGCGAGACGAGGCUUUGAAACGUUUUCGAUCAGAGUUCCCCACUACUUUGGAGGCCUUCGACGCUUCCUACGGCGAUACAAGGGGCCCUUCCAUCGAUUAUGACUCACCCUCCGAUUUAGAUGACAUUUCGACCAUCAUCUGCCUGUCACAAGAACAUGGGCUACCGUCAAUUAUGCCAGCGGCAUGCUUCAACCUUGUCUACUACAUCCCACCUGAAAAGAUUCUCGAUGAGGCAGUCCUACCACAGGAGCUCCGAAAUCGAUGCAUAAUGGGCCAGGAUCAUCUAAUACGAACGGUUCACAACAUUCUUUUCGACUGGACAGAAUCUGAGAGCUUCAUGUCCCCCGAUCACUGCACUGGUGAUCAUCUAGAUGGGUAUGAUAGGAAGAAGGUGCUCCGUGAACUCAAUGAUGGGCUGUGGUUGGCGGACGAUGGCUCUGUGUGGUGCUUUUCUCCUACGCUUCCCGGCAACGUCCAGGAGACCCUGAGCAAUCUUUGCGCAUCAUGCUCAGAAAGUGUCAUUUCUUACUAUCAUGCAGCUCGAAAGGAAGUAUGGCAAGAGUUACCUAUUUUCUUUGGAUUUCGAGGUUGGGAAGACCCAGACUUGAAGGACUUCGAUAGCUAA